AUCCGCAGCAUCUUUUAGCCAAAGCACAUGCAAACACAGCAUAAGACUCGAGAAGCUUUCCAGGUACGAACAAGGCAAACAGUUGGAAUACACGGCUCGAGAAAUGUACGAAGAGCAAGAUAGAGAGAUCUCAGUCGAUAAUAUGGACGGCAGUGAUGAUGAGGAUAUGGACCAGACGUCCUCUCCCACACCAGCACUAACAUCUGUCAUCGUAUCCCACCCACAGGGUGACCUGACGAGACACUCCCCCUCAGUGAGCCCCCUCCUCCAGGUGAGUGCUGAACAUGCUCACAGACUCCUCGCCACCAAACCACACCUACAAGUCAGACAAACACUAUCAGAGCCGGGCCGGAACCCUCAUAUCCAACGUCCCAGGAUGCAUCGCCUGAGUCCCACACGGUUGAGUCCACUGCAGACACGGAAACAUCACGACCUGGGCAAAACCCUGUCUGUGGGGGCGGCACUAGAUUCGUCCUCCGUCCAAUGGAAACCCACGGUGGCAUCCACGGGACAGCUGCGUGUGGAGGGGACAAUGACGGAAGCCUCGGAUGAGACCACACCCUCCAUGAGUCCGCUAUCACUGGGCGGGGCUAACACUACAGCAAGAAUACCAACUCAAGAGCAGCUGGAGGCACUGUACAAGUUACCCACUAGUCACGAACAGUUGGAGAUCAUGCAGAAGAACAUGAUGGUUCUAAUGGAGCAGCAGCAGAAGCAACAGGCCGCCGAGGUAUCCAGGAAGCUACAGGCCUCCCACAGUGUCGGGCUCCCUACAUCAACAGCUGGUAGUACGGGUGGUCCUGGCGAGCUGUUCCAGUUCCCUAUGGCUCUCUGGCCACUCGGUAUCCCAGCCGGGGCCACGCCCACUUUUCAGCUCCAGCCGACUACGGGGGCGGGGUCUAACAGUGCCACGUCAUCGCCCACCCCCUCCAACUCAUCCAGUGACUCUUCUAGCACCAUGUCAGCGUUACCCCCCACAGUGGCCCUAAUGGGAGACACCCUCUCGUUAGGCAUCCAACGCCGACCCCUCUCUGAGAGUGUGUCUGCCCCUGGCUUUGGGUCUGCCCCUGUCAUUAACGAGGGUGGACAAUUCGACCCUCUCAUGAGACAGUUCCAGUUGCAACAGCAGCAGAUAUUGUUACAAGGUCAACAGAUGCAGCAGCGAUACUUGGAGCAACAACAAAGGCUGAUUCAACAAGCCGUGUUGGAACGUAAACAGUUUGAGGAGAAGCAGCAACAAAUGGCCGCACUCCACCUCCACCAGCAACAAGAGCUACAGAAGAAACAGCAGUUGCUACGACAAAUGCAAGAAGCACAACUACUGAAUCUGCAGAGACAGAUACUCUUCCAAAACAUGUCACAACCCAGAUUUGUGCCGACUCAACAAGCUCCUAUCCACAAGCCAGUAGUGCAACGUCUCUCUAAAGACUCGGCACUUCCCUUCGCAAAACCCGUUCUCUCAGCGACCAAUAGCAGUGGGAGCUCAUCUGAAAUGGGCAGGGCUUCAUCUAUGGACGGUAUCAACAGAAGUCCCAGCCUCACACCCAAGGCACUCACGCCCACCAACAGCUACGAUAGCGGGGCGUCUAAUAAUGGGCGUGGCUCUCCAAAUGUGGGUGUGGCUAGUCCAUCAUCAGGGCAGGAGUUACCUGUACAGGGUGGAACGGGACUGGUGUACGACACGAUGAUGUUGAAGCACUCUUGUAACUGUGGGGGGUCUCAUCCGGAGCACCCUGGGAGGUUGCAGAGCAUUUGGGCACGCCUGCACGAGACCAAGGUCGUCAUGAACUGUAGGCGCCUGAGGGCACGCAAGUCCUCGCUGGCCGAGCUCCAGUCCAUACACAGUGAGAACCACGUUCGUCUCUAUGGUAGACCAUCACAACGUAAGCCAGGUCAGGAGAGGAAGGAUCCAUCACGAACGUUUGUACCCCUCACGUGUGGGGGGGUGGGUGUGGACAGGGACACCUAUUGGAAUGAUAGCCACACCUCAAACGCUGCUAGGAUGGCUGUAGGCUCAGUGAUUGAGCUGGCUGAUAAGAUUCUGAGUGGAGAGGUUCGAAAUGGGUUUGCCUUUGUGAGACCUCCCGGUCAUCACGCCCUCCCAAACCAGGCUAUGGCGUUCUGUUACUUCAACAAUGUGGCAGUGGCGGCCAAAUCAAUGCUCUCCAAGAACAAGCGAGUGGCUAUUGUGGACUGGGAUAUUCACCAUGGCAACGGUACUCAACAGAUUUUCUACGACAAUUCCAAUGUCCUCUACAUUUCGGUCCAUCGCUACGACAACGGAACGUUUUUCCCAGGGACUGGGCGGCCAGAGGAGAUUGGCUCGGGGGCGGGGCUUGGGUUCAACGUGAACGUGGCAUUCUCUGGCUCUCAGAACUUCCAGGGCGUGACAAUGUCCAACUUCGGAGAUGCUGAGUACUUGUCCGUGUUCCGUUCCCUCGUGGUGCCCAUCUGUCGGGAGUUCAACCCAGACCUCAUCCUGGUGUCGGCCGGCUUCAACGCCACAGAGGGACAUCCGCCCACACUCGGAGGGUAUAGCGUGUCACCAAAGUGCUUCUCUGUACUGACGAGAAUGCUUAUGAGUGUGGGGGCGGGACGAGUUGCCUUGGCGCUGGAGGGAGGGUACGAGCUCAUGUCAUUGUGUGCCUCUGCGGAGACGUGCAUGAGAGCACUCCUCGGACUAGACCUCCCACAGAUGGACUCCGCCUCCCUCGACAGACCCCCCCAGGCUGCAGCCGUCGCUAGCAUGGAGAAAACCAUCGCAGUCCAUAAAAACUAUUGGUCUUGUCUCUCUCGCUCGGCUAGUCUGAUGCCACUGUCACACUCGGAGGCAGAAAAGAGAGAAUUAGAAGAGUCGGACGCAGUCACUGCUAUGGCUUCUCUCUCUGUAGCAGGGGACGGGCAACAAAGGUUGGCUUCGGUGCAGACUGCAGUGUAGGGAGGCGCUCCUUUCAAUAGUCCAACAAACUAAAGACGUUUUUCAAUAAUCAAUGGCCCCAUUUCUACCGCAUAAAUAAAUACACCUUACACUAGUCUAAUCUGAAUGACUGUGAUUCCGUACUGCUACUAUAGACUUUAUAAUUAGGAUGUUGAAUGUUUCUCUCUGUGUUAUAAUAUUUGUUAUUUUGAUGA